GAGACGCACGCUUACUCACACCGCUUCUCCCCACCCACCCGCUCUCUUUCUCUCUCUCUCUCUCACACACACACACACACUCUCAUUCUCGCCCUCUCUGCUCUCCUUGUCUGUCAGUGUGAUCAAUGGCUUGACUUCCUCCUUUUGGUACGGCUGUAGGCUGUUUACAAGAACACAGGAUCUGCCUGGCGAUACGUUCAGUUUCACAACAGCGGUUACAUUAGCUUGAAGACAAAUACACCUUGAAAACACAACGGAUUUACCCUGCAGUCAACAUGAGUGCAGGGGAUGAGGUCUGCACCGGCUGGCUCAUCAAAUCUCCCCCUGAGAAAAAACUAAAGAGAUUUGUGAGUACGGUAACAGGCUGGGCGUGGAGGAAGCGAUGGUUUGUGCUUCGCCGUGGUCGCAUGAGCGGGAACCCUGACGUACUGGAGUACUACAGGAACAAGACGUCCAGGAAGCCCAUCCGCACCAUCGACCUGAAGGAGUGUGAGGUUCAGCUGAUGAGGGAGCAGUGGCUGGUCAGGAGGGAGUUCCAGAACCAGCAUCUGUUCGUGGUGAAGACCUCCUCACGGAUCUUCUACCUGGUGGCCAAAACGGAGGAGGAGAUGAACAGCUGGGUGUACAGCAUCAGCCAGAUCUGCCAUUUCGGACCUCUGGACGAUGGGACAGAAUCAGAGGAAGGCUUCUCUCAGACCCCGACCUCCCAGCAGCCGUCGCCCGCGAUGUCCUUUACAGGAAACCAUGACAGGCGAGCGACACUGAACCAAUCAGAAUCCAGCCAGCCCCGGGACUACCUCUUCCUGUCGCAGUGCGAGACGGGAGAGAGGGUCAGUAUCAGAAGAUGUGACAGUUUUUCGAACUCGGAGAGAUCUCUGGAACAGAACUCGUCCGACAACACUAUCGAAGACUCCUUCUCGUCACCUCCAUGCACCAACCCCUCUCCAUCCCCCUUCCCCCUCACAGGAUCCUGUCUGUCCCCCUUCCCCCACGCCAGGACCUCCGAACCCCCCUUUAGUGCCCCUUGCGCCCCCACAUUCCUCGACAGGCCGUUCGACUUCUCAUCCUCAUCCUCCUCUCCACCAACCCUUCAUCGCACCCCCAACGUUUUUCAGUUCGACAAGCUAUAUUCUUCUCACCUGUCGGAGGUGAGUGUGGAGGGCCAGACCCCUCCCCCUCUGCCCCCGAAGCCUGUUCACCUGUCGGAGGCCCCGCCGGAUGAGGGUGCCCGGGGGUCCCUGGGGGCCACAGGGGGUGUACCUGUUCCUCUCCCCAGGAGGAUAUCACUGUCAAGCCUGGACUAUCCCAGACGAGUAGAUGUUGAAUGCAGUGCAGUGAGGAACUGGAACAAACGACUAAGUCUUAAUUUGAGUCCCUUUGCAGCCCGACAGAGCUACCUGGACGACUCGUAUGUCCCCAUGGCCUCCCCCGCUCUCUGUGGAGGAGAGCUGUCAGACGGCUACCUCCCCAUGAGCCCCACCUCCAUGAGCUACACCAGCUCCAGCAUGACCACAGACUCCGUCUCCUCUCUGGGGCUCCCGGCCCCGCUGGCCCCGCCGCCUGUCAACCGGGAUCUUAAACCUCGCAGGAGGGCACGCCCGCCCCCUCUAGAUCUGAGAGGCCUGUCCACCAUCAGGGAAUGCACUCUGAGCAGGACCAUGACAGAGCCUGGAAAUUUCCUCCUGGAAAGAAGACAUCUGGCAGCGGGGAUUAAAGAUCAAGACAUCAGCUGCAGUCCAAUAGAGUCCAGGCAGCUGUUCCUCCCCUCGGCUGAGACCACAGCCCAGCUCUGGGGCAGGACAUCCAACCUCGACUACCUUUCUCUGGCCUUCAACCCAGCAUCUCCCUCUCCUGUGCAGAAGAAGGCCCUGCUUGAUGAGUACAGGGUGGAUUACGUUCAGGUGGAUGAGAAGAAGACCCAGGCGCUGCAUGACACUACUGUAGAGUGGAAGGACGUCCGACAGUCCAGGGUGUGAAACACAGAUGUCCAUGGGAGAGUUGGACGACAUCUCAAUGUCACGCGUCUACGCGCGCUGGCAUGGUCUGAUGAAGAAAGCAAACACACUUUGUAACACAACUUGUUCAAAUAUAAACAUUUGAGUAUGGAAAGCAGUGUUGUCGGAAGGUGUCGAAACUCGUUGUCUAUGGUCUGGGGGACAAUCUGUUUAAACAAGAAAGAAACAGAAACAGAGAGAGAAAAAUAAUGAUUGCUGAUACACUGUGAAUGUCAUCCCACUGUGCUUUGUGUCUCUGUUGUUUUUGUAUCAAGUAAUUUAAUUUAGCAAAGGUGAAAAAGACACAUUUUAUAAAUAAAAAAUACAGAAAGUCACAACACGAUCUUAGAUGUAGACUGGUCAGAGUAUAAACCAACGGAACCCUCAACUGAAAGGAAGGCCUUCGUGCAAGUAUGCCCACAGAUGUAGAGCUUUGCUCAAAGAGGCGUACAUGCACACAUUUUCAUGUUUGGAGGCUAUCUAAUCAUGGUUUUGCAGCAGACUGGAUUGUGGCCAUGUGAUAUGAGAACAGGGAGUUGUAAGGAAUGGUACAGUCCAUAAAGCUAAUCCUGUCUGUCAUAAAGUUUAGACCUGAUGCUGUGUUCUUCAGUCAAGCCACUGUAAUUCACGCCAUCUAAAUAGAGAAGCACAAUUCACUCAGCACACCUGUGAUAGUCUGGUGAGCUGAAAAGGUAAGAAGCCUGAUUGGGUCAAAAAAGCCAUUCUCAUUACGUAGAUAAACAAAGAGAAUAUGUGGAAAACAUAUCUUAGCUCAAACUGUACAGUCAUUAUGCUCUCUUGUUCAUUUAAACAAAUGUAUGCUUUAACUGGUAAGUGUAAUGUGUGCUAAAAUGCACACCCCAAGAAUAUUUUCAUGCUUUAAUAAAAAUCUGCAAAGUAUUUUGUGCCU